AUGGCAUUUAAGGCAUUCCAUCCAUCAGCAAGGUACCCAUGGCAUUUUAGGCAAUCCAUCAGCAAGGUACCCAUGGCAUUUCAGGCAUUCCAACCAUCAGCAAGGUACCCAUGGCAGUUCAGGCAUUCCAUCCAUCAGCAAGGUAUCCAUGGCAGUUCAGGCAUUCCAUCCAUCAGCAAGCAAGGUACCCAUGGCAUGUUAGGCAUCCCAUCCAUCAGCAAGGUACCAUGGCAUUUCUGGCAUUCCAUCCAUCAGCAAGGUUCCCAUGGUAUUUCUGGCAUUCCAUCCAUCAGCACGGUACCCAUGGCAUUUGAGACACUCCAUCCAUCAGCAAAGUACCCAUGGCAUUUCAGGCAACCCAGCCAUCAGCAAGGUACCCAUGGCAUUCCCUCCAUCAGCAAGGUACACCAGGCAUUCCAUCCAUCAGCAAGGUACCCAUGGCAUUCCAUCCAUCAGCAAGGUACCCCAGGCAUUCCAUACCUCAGCAAGGUACCCAUGGCAUUUCAUCCAUCAGCAAGGUCCCCAUGGCAUUUAAGGCAUUCCAUCCAUCAGCAAGGUCCCCAUGGCAUUUUAGGCAGCCCAGCCAUCAGAAAGGUACCCAAGGCAUUUAAGGCAUUCCAUACCUCAGCAAGGUACCCAUGGCAUUCCAUCCAUCAGCAAGGUACCCCAGGCAUUCCAUACCCCAGCAAGGUACCCAUGGCAUUCCAUCCAUCAGCAAGGUCCCAAAGGCAUUUAAGGCAUUCCAUCCAUCAGUAUGGUAUGCAUGGCAUUUAA